GCCGGGAUUUUAGCCUUGGGAUGUCAGCUUUGGGGGAGCCUCUGGCAUAAAGAAAGGAAAGGAUCAGCAGAACAGCCCCAGUUUAGGUCUGAUGAGGUCAGAAGACUGGCAAGGAAGAGAAGUUAAACUUGGAGAGAAACCUAAUGGACAAUCUCUGCAACAGAUGGUAACAAAAAAUAAUCCAGAUGGGGUGCAGGUGCUGUAAAAUGAUACAAAGCUAUCUCUUUGAUCCAGUUCAGGUGGCCUCCCCUGGCUAUGUCAACGAGGUGAACAGCUGCAAGGUGGAUGAAGGUGACGCGGGUAAACUGAAAGGCAAACAGAGCGGCCAGGUCCUCGUGCACAGAAACGAGCUGCAGAGCGAGGGCCUGAAGAGGACGGCCAGUAGAGGCGGAGGCUGCGAGGGGCAGGAGCCCCACCGGCCUCCUCCAGGACCGCCUCCUCAGGGGGACACCGUGGGGGGACACUGUGCAGGCAAGGCUGGCAGUGCCAUCAACGGCAUUGGCCCCGCCCCCGCCCCCCUGCAGCCCACUGGGGAGCAUGGGCCCCACCAGGGUGACAGGGGCUCCUGCAUCACUACCGCGAACAGCGUCUCCCCAACUCAACCCUUCCCGGAAGGAGGGGGCCCCAGACAACAGGACGGUGUGCUGCCGGCCUCGCAAGAGACCCAGGUCGUCCGAAAUGGGGACUCCAGAGCUACUUCCAGGGCAGAAGGUCCUGCCUUGCAAGUACAAGGCGCCUGCCUCCAGAUACCGGCCCCAGAUUACCCUCCCUUUCGGAGCUCAGCUGUAGACAGAGCUGAUCGGGAAGAAAAGGACUGUCUUUCCCAGAGCCAGACUGAGGAGGAGCUCCUGGCGGGAAUUGCCCGCAGGGUGGCGGAGCAUGGUUUGAAUGUGCCCUUCCCCUUGAAGAGAAGCUGGGAUUCGUUAAAUGAGGCUGUGGCCACAGAGGGCGUAAGUCACCACUUUAAAGAAGAGGGUGCUGCCCAGGCCGCGCCCGUGGUCGAUUCGAGAACCGGGUGGGAGGAGGCACCUGGCUCUGCGGGAGAGCCAGGUGGGGACGCGGAGGACGAGGAUGCGGCCGUGGCCGAAGCCCUUGCGGCCUUAGAAGCAGCUACCGCUGGAGAAGACGUGGAUGAGGCAGAGUAGGGCCCUGAGCAGGUGUCGCGGCGCGCGCGUAGGCUGCGCGUGCUCCGUGGACAGAGCUGGCGUCCCGGGCAGCCUUGCAGGUGCUUUACGGCGGCGUCUGUUCUGGUGACCGCGGGGCCCGCGCCAGGCCGCUUGUUGUUAAGUGUGGGCAGCACUACUGUGUCGACGGGCUGGCACUCAGGACGCCGGAAUAAAUCCGAGUGGCAACGUGAGCGUGCCCGCAGCACAUGCAGGAAUUAAACCGCCUGCUCGUCGACCCUCAGAUCUCCCUCCAGAACAUCUGGGACAGAUGUUCUUGAGAAUGUUCGGAAAUCCCAGCGCUGAAUCCCCCCUCUCCCCAAGGGCGCAGAACAUUCUGUUUGUAAAUUCUUUGUCUUGCUUUUGAGAGGCAGACAUUGUACCCAACCUGGAAAAGGUAACUACCCUCACUGAAAAGUGCCUAGUGUGUCCCCAGAGUACGGCUUGCCUUCAGGGACAGUCACCCAGGGAACUAAUAACUAACCACUUGUUUGACAUCGAGUGAAGCUCAGCAGCUUUCAGGACGGAGCAGAAGCCACCAGUAAGCAAAUGGCUAGUCAUUAGCUGUGAUACUAAGACACCUUGACCUUAACUUUUUUACAUUAUUACUUUCUAAUCUCCUUUGGGAUUGGGGAGGCCGGCCAAAAGAAUUCUGAAAACUGCUUGUGUUGUAUUUGAGUUUUAAGUUUGUGAGAUUGGGAAGAGCAAAGAGAUGGAUGUUUCAUGCCACUUAAUGUCUGAUUCUGAUUAAAAUAUAACAAUAUAUAUGUCUGUCUGUCAUAACUCAAAGGUGGUUCUAAUUUCCCAGGCUGAGUGUCAGUAAGCCUUGAUAUUUCUUUCCAUUUCGAGAGCUGCACUACGGAGUUACAGGUGAGGAGAACCCAGUCCGUUUGCUGAGAACGGCUUUGGCUGUCUGUCCCUGCCAUUCAAACUCAGGACGCCACGUGCUCCGAUCUCACUUAAGGAUGAGCCAUGGCCCUCUCUGGAUGUCAGCCUUCUAAUUUAUAAAAACAAGAACUGCCAUUCUGACAUGACUCAGUGGAGAAGUUAGAGGAUGGUCCAAUCUCUCUAGAAAAAUACGAACAUGGAAGAUGCUCUCGUAUGGCAUUUCAUAACACAGGCUCUGAAAUCUGACUGACCUUGGUUUGGUUUCCAGCUUUGCCACACGACCUUGGGUAAUUUAUCCCAUCCGUUAAGUGAGAAUGAUGGUAUGUAUUUGUAAAGAUUAAAUGAGAUUAUGCAAGUGUUUAUCACAGUGUCUGGCACACAGCAGGCACCCAAUAAAAUGCUAAAUCUUAUCUGUUAAAUCCGUGAAAAAUGGUUUUAUGUCCUCACAACUGAAAACUCUAAUACUCUCAAGUAUCUAUAAUGUCAUUGCUGCACUUUGGUAAUCAUUUAAAUAAAAACAUGGUUUCUGAGAUUCCCAGCAUCUUU